AUGUCGUCGUCGUCGGGCUCCAGAGGCAUCGCCGCCUCGUCGACCUCGACCUCGUCGUCGUCGUCGUCGUCGCGCAAGCGCGAGCUCAUCGACCGCGUACGCUACCCCAACCCCAUCCCGCUCCCGCCCUACGCCCCCAAGCUCGUCAAGGUCGCAACUGACCCGGCGCGCUACGCCAACCCGCACUUUGCCGACCGCCUCGCCUCGGCCCACCCGCUCCCCGUCCUCGUCGACGCCCAUGCCGGCAUGCCCAUCGACCUCGCGCGCUUCCAGGACCUCUGGGAGGGCGACCUCUCCGAAGUCUCGGUCGCACCCACAGACAGGCUCGACCAGGACUCGCUCGACGACGCAGACGCCUUCCUCCUCCAGGACUUUGCCUCGGCGCUCCCCGCCGCCGGCACCGCCGCCCCCAAUGGCGCCAUCGGCAUCGUCACCUCGCUCCACGCAUCCGACGACCCCGCCUCGGCAGCCACCCUCGCCGCCGCCCUCCAACAACGCCACGCCUCGGCCAUCGGGCCCAACGCCAAGACGACGCUCGCCGCAGACGACGUCACCUGGCUAAGGCGCACAGAGUACCUCUCCGCCGAGCAGAAACGCGCCCAGCAGGCCGUCCAGAAGCCCCGCCACGUCGAGGCCGUCAACACCUCGCGCGAGGCACAGGUCAACAAGAUCCAGCAGUCGUUCCGCGACGCCCAAAAGCCCCUCGACCGCCUCGUGCACCCGACCAAGCGCGGCGUCACGGCUGUCUCGUCGUUCGAGCUGCUGCCCGACCCCGACACCUGGGCCACCGACUACCACGUUGUCCGCUUCAUCGACCCGCCCGGCCGCAUCGUCAACGGCGUGCCCAUCGUCGACCCGCGCCUCGACGUCGCACUCCUCCGACCCGUCACCGUCAACAACGAGCAGCGCGUCUCCUACUACCUCCCCACCGGCGAGGACCUGCCCGACGACCCAGACGCGCCCAUGUCGCUGCUCGAGGACAUUGCGCUCGAGGACGAAAAGUCGAGGCGGCUGCGCAAGCGCAGGCGGACGGGCAAGUUCCCAGCGGCCAAGAUCAAUGGCGCCGAUGCCGAUGCCGACGGCGAUGGCGAGGGCGAGGGCGCCUCGCGCAACGAGGUGGGCACCGCCUACAAGUGGAUCCGCGACUACGUGCCCAAGGACACGGCCGAGAGCUCGCACGACGUGCUGCUCCUCAGCCUCGACGACGGCGUGCCGGACGAGGAUCCGGAUGCCGACAUCGAUCCGAUCAAAGGUGCCAAACGAUCCCGCGGCGGUCCUGGUGGCGCUGGCGACGACGAUGAUGACGACGACCUCUUUGGCGGCGACGACGACGACGAGGACGGGGCGGAUGGCGGCGUGCAGACGACAGCGGUGCCGCAGGCCGAGCACGAGAGGCGGAAGCGGAGCCGGAGGAGCGAGCUCACCAAGGGCAAGGAGCGCGACGCGGCGCCGGACGGCACGGGCGCCACGCUGGCGUUCAAGUCCAAGCCAAAGGCGUACUACCACAAGGUCGGGAUGCGCUUCACGCUGCGCGUGUGGCGAUCGAGGGUGGCCAAGAACGAAAAGCUGCGCAACAAGGACCGGCGCUACCCGGGCAAGUGGGAUGUGAUUACGCUCUCGAACCGCGACAUGACGGAGCGCGAGAAGCUGCGUCGCUACCACCUGCGCAGCCAGGUCGACGACAUGGGCGCGCUCGACCCGUACGAGAGCAGCGCAGACGAGGCCGAAGACGACGUCGACGGCGACGAGGAGCACGAGGCGGCGCCGGUUGAGGCGGCCGAUGCGGCGGCCGAGGGCUCGCCCAACGGUGCGGACGACGCCGCCGACGAAUCGCGUCGGAUCUUUGGAGACGACGACGAGGACGACGACGAGGAGGCGGCCGUGGCGGCACAGCAGCAGCAAGCAGCGCGACGGGAUGCGGAUGCCGACGCAGAUGCCAAUGCGGAUGCGGAAGCGGAAGCGGAAGCGGACGGCGAGAACGAGGACGAGGACGAGCAGACGCGAGGCGGUGCGCGAGACAACCAUGACGACGACGACGACGAGGCGGGGAGCAAGAGCGGCAACGACGAGAGCGGCCGCGACGACGACGGGACCGACGACGAGGAUGCCGGGUCCAUCGACGGCGACGAGGAGCUCGCGGCGCUCCAGGCCGAGGCGGCCGGUGCGGGCGAUUCGGGCGACGUGGCGGCCGACGAGGGCGAGGGGGGAGGACGCCGAUCCAGACGUAGCAGGACGACGGCAUCCGCUUCAGCGGCGGCUGGCGACGGUGAUGGCGGUGCAGAGGAGGCUGGUGGUGAGGAGCAGGCUGCCGAUGAGCAAACGCGAGGUGAAGACACGGGCAUGGACGUCGACGAAGAGUAA